AUGCUUCUCAGGCACAAGCACACAGGCACAGGGGCGCAGAGCGAGUGGGAAGGUGACUCCUCUGUCCCUCGUGACGGCGGAGCAGCGGCUGUUCCACCGUGGAUGACCAAAGACAUGGGUCACGGUGCGACAGGAUCGGCAGACACCAGAAGCACCCUCAAACCUACCCAACCUUCACCCACUCCCCCUCUCCUCAUCCUCUUCCGCCUAUGUGCAUAUGCAAAGGAACAGGAAGCGAGCGAGAAAGGCAUCUCCAGCGUGGCAGAAGCAAAACAUCGCACUACAAAAGAGACGCGCGCACCUCUGACAGCGCGCAUCAAGCGUCCCGUUGACAGAAUAAGGCCGGGUGAUCUGAAGGCGGCCCGCGAUCCUGGGUGGAUCGGGGAGCGGCCCUUCUCCCCUCUGUCUCAUCCACGGCGCACUUUUUCCCCACUUCAUUUUCUCAGCUUCAUCAAAACGCCUCUUGACACUUUUGCCUGA